AUGUUCCGUCUGACGCGUCUGCCUCUUCAUCGUUGUCUUCAUACCACCGCCGCCUCACGGACGCCCAAAUUCUCAAGGGCAAGUAUUGUUCUUGGUGCGUCAGCCGUCGCUACUUAUCUCGCAUGGCGGGCGACCCAUGUACCUCUUGCUCUCGAUGCUGAAGCUGCUGUUGUGAUACAGGAGAAUACAAAGAAACCUUCAACAACAACCUCGGAAGAGCCGCAGAGUGAAAGCAGCGGAGGCAGCGGAGGUGCAUACAACCCAGAAACCGGCGAAAUAAACUGGGACUGCCCAUGUCUCGGUGGAAUGGCGCACGGGCCUUGUGGGCAAGAAUUCCGUGUCGCUUUCUCCUGCUUUGUGCACUCUGAAGACGAGCCGAAGGGUAUCAACUGCGUUGAAAAGUUUCAGGCGAUGCAAACUUGUUUCCGGGCUCACCCUGAUGUAUAUGGGCCAGAUAUCAUGGAAGAUGAUGAAGACGAGACACCUGCCUCAGCAUCCGCCGAUGCACCAUCACCCGUUGUUCCAGCAGAAUCUGAACAGCAGCCUCAAAAGAAAAGCAGCCAGCUCUCUGCACCUCCGUCAUAA